UCAUUUUAGUAAGACAGAGAUUACUAGUACGUCCUAGUUGCAAGUUGCUUACAUACAAAUAUGCAUCGACUGUGUCUAUUCGCUUUGAUGGCAGUUGUAUCUGCUGAUGUCAUCUUCGACGGACCCUGCCCAACUGUGAAGCCUAAAGAAAACUUUGAUUUCUCUGCUUAUCAAGGAUCCUGGUAUGAGAUAGCUCGUUACCCCAACGCUGGUGAAGAAGGAACAAGAGGCAAAUGCACCGUGGCUGCAUACACAGUCUUUGGAGAUAGCGGCAAAGUUAGAAACAGUCAUGUAGUUGAUGGAAUACAAUCCUUCAUAGAUGGAGAUUUAGAUCUCGUUGGACCAGCACAAAUUAGGCUUACGUAUACUUUUGGAGGAAAAUCCAAAUAUUCUUAUCUCACUGUACUGGAUACUGAUUAUCAGAAUUACGCUAUUGGAUACAGCUGCAAAUAUUUCCCCGACGGCAACAACCAUCAAGUGUUCUCUUGGAUCAAGUCUAGAAGCCCCACCCUAGACGCUUACUCUAGGGCCAUUGUCGAUGCCUAUCUGAAGGAAUCAACCAUCCUUGACUCCGACAAGUACAUCGCCAACGACUUCUCACCUGCCGCAUGCCAGGCAGGCGUCGUGCGACAAAUUACUGAAUUCCUUAAAGAAUAAAAAAAUAAUUAUUGUUAUAAUGAAAUAAAUAAAAUAAUUAAAUAA